CUCCCUUUCAUCCCCUCCCGCAAACAUGUCCACGGGCUCCCUCAGCGACGUGGAGGACCUCCAAGAAGUGGAGAUGCUGGACUGCGACGGGCUGAAAAUGGACUCUAACAAGGAGUUUGUGACUUCCAACGAGAGCACCGAGGAGAGCUCCAACUGCGAGACUGGGUCUCCCCAGAAGGGCCGCGGCGGCCUGGGCAAAAGGAGGAAGGCGCCCACCAAGAAGAGCCCCUUGAGCGGGGUCAGCCAGGAGGGGAAGCAGGUCCAGCGCAACGCGGCCAACGCGCGCGAGCGGGCCCGGAUGCGGGUGCUAAGCAAGGCCUUCUCCAGGCUCAAGACCACCCUGCCCUGGGUGCCCCCGGACACCAAGCUCUCCAAGCUGGACACGCUCCGACUGGCGUCCAGCUACAUCGCCCAUUUGAGGCAGAUCCUGGCUAACGACAAGUACGAGAACGGUUACAUCCACCCGGUCAACCUGACGUGGCCCUUUAUGGUGGCCGGGAAACCAGAGAGUGACCUGAAGGAAGUGGUGACCGCGAGCCGCUUGUGUGGAACCACGGCGUCCUGACCUCGGAGGUGCGAGUCUGGGAAAGGCGCGCUCCCUGGGGGAACGGCCCCGGGGAAGGCGACCCCUGCCCUCCCCGCUCUCUGUCUCUGCUUCCCCUGCAAAGCUCCUCUCCCUGUCCCACCCUGCGAGAACACUUUACCGCGACGAGGAGAUUCGUUUCCAAACCAGAGGAGAUCAAGUGUACUUACAAAGAUUCCCAUCUAUUUAACUUUAUUAAUUUGUACCGUGAAUGACUCUGCGAGCCUUGCUGGUCCAAGUGCAAUAUGUAUUAUAAAUAUAUGAAUAGCUAAUAAGAGCCUAUCAAUGUGUAUCUUUUGUACAAUAUGUUGUAAAGUGUAGAUCAUAGAAUAGCUGACUUUGACAGUCACAUUUAUAAAGUAAUUCACUUGAAGAUAUAUAUUUUUUUCAAACAAGUUUUGCUACUUUCGAAAAUAAAUCCUUCUUUAUAUUGCUAAAA